GUUUUCGGGGAACUUAAUAAGUCAUGCACGGAGAGUUCAAAUAGCCUCGUAUUCUCCAUGUAGGUGCACUUCGAAGGGUGGAAAAGAAGCGGAAGUUGCAGCCUUUUUAGUGCUUUAUGUGUCUAUUUGGGAUUGAGCCAAGCAAAAACGUGGGACAACAAGAGCUUGAGAAGGUGGAAGAAGGUUUCUGGAUGGAAAGACAGGAAAGGGUCGAGGUGUCCGUGUUCACAGAUGUGGAUAAGGAGCUUUUCAUGAAGGAGAUCUACCCUCUGAGGAAACCCGUAGUGCUCAAAGGAGUGUCUUUAGGACCAUGCGUGGAGAAAUGGACAGUGGAUUACCUUGCAGGAAAAGGAGGUGAACGUGAGGUCAAGGUUCACGUUUCCUCCGUUCCUCAGAUGGACUUUCUGCAUAAGAACUUUAUAUACAGGACUUUACCGUUCGACAAGUUUGUCCAGAGAGCUGCAGCAGAGGGAGAACAUGAAGAGUUCUUCAUUUCUAAGAAUGAGAGUUAUUACUUACGAUCGCUCGGAGAAGACGCACGCAAGGAGCCUGCUGACCUGAAGAAACAGUUCCCUGACCUGGCCCAAGACUUCCACAUCCCUCCGUUCUUCGACCCCGAGCAGUUUUUCUCCAGCGUUUUCCGCAUCAGCUCAACUGGCUUGCAGCUAUGGACCCACUACGACGUAAUGGACAAUCUUCUGGCUCAGGUGACCGGGAGAAAACGAGUCGUUCUUUACAGCCCCCAGGACGCCCUACACCUGUACUUGUCAGGUGAUAAGUCGGAGGUUUUGGAUGUCGACUCUCCGGACUUGGAGCGCUAUCCGGAUUUUGUGAACGCGCGUCGACACGAGUGUGUUUUAGAACCAGGCGACUUGCUGUUCAUCCCCGCUCUUUGGUUUCACAACACGUUGGCUCUCCAGUUCGGCAUCGGAGUCAACGUGUUCUGGCGCCACCUGCCCCUUGACAGCUACGACAAGAAGGACCCGUAUGGGAACAAGGACCCUGUGGCAGCAACGCGGGCCUUGCAGACCCUGGAGCGGGCUCUGGGAGCUCUGGAUGAGCUUCCGGCCGAAUACCGGGACUUCUAUGCCCGCCGCAUGGUGUCGCGCAUUCAAAGCCGGGCGUACUCCGGUGCAGGUGCACUCCCUCACCUGCAGUGAUGUAGCAGAUGAAAGACAGAUUCCAACGAUGGCCAGAUGUUUCUGGGAUGUUUUAUUAUAAGUCACAGUGAAAUUUCCCUGUGGAAAAAAGAAACAGUUUAUGGGAAAUUGGCGGUAUUAUAUUUACGAAAUUAUACAUGGUAGAGGUGAUUUUAAUUCCAUGUUUAGUUUUAUUGCUUUUAUUUUAUAUACUAUUCACUAAUUAUAUAUGAAAUGCAAUAAAACUAAACAACUCA